AUGGGUCCUGAAAAUGAAGACACGGAGGUUGUGGGUCGUCCAAACCCUUCAUUUGGGCCUCACACACGCCCUUUGUCCUCACGGACGCCGUCCUUGUUCUGCCUGCUGGCGGUGGUGGUCUUGGUGGUCGGGCUUGUCCACGCCAGCGUCCUGACGGGCCCCAACGUCUGUUCCAAGAUAGAAACGUACACGACAACAGAAGAGAUACCGUAUCGGGAACCAGAUGAGUCCUAUGGAGGACUCGUCUUUAUCAUGUCGGGCACGCCUAUUGUCGCCAGAAGGAAGUACAGGACCGGCAACCGGACCGAGCCCGCCGCCGUGCCCGAGUCGUCGUCGGCCCACUCUGGUGAGGACGUGGCGGUGUGGGCGGCGGGGCCUCAGGCCCACCUGCUGGCGGGGACCCACGACCAGGUGUACUUGGCCCACCUCAUGGGGUACGCGGCCUGCGUGGGGCCCGGGACCACGUACUGCGACGGCGGCAACAGGGGCAACAACAACAACAACGGGGCCUGUGGGGCGACAGUUCAUAACAAUAAUAACAAUCAGAGAACAAGGGGGAACAAUAACUCUUUUAAUAACCACCCGAGAACAGCUAGAAAUAAUAAAUCUGUUAAUAAGUACAACAACCAGAGUACAGCGAAGAACAAUAACGCUGUCCCCAACAACAAGGGGCGGUCUAGUAUCAAUAUUCCCGUCAUCAACAACCUGCACCCAGUUAUUGAUGACAAUGACUACAACAACGAAAAUAGCAACAUCAACGAGAGUAACAACAUCAACGUGAGGGACGAGGAGUUCCACAAGUUCAGGAAGCGCCACUACAAGNCUGUGCAGCCAGUCGUCAGCCAGGCCAAGAACGUCAUCCUCUUCCUGGGGGAUGGCAUGAGCAUCCCCACGGUCUCCGCCGCCCGUAUCCUCAAGGGGCAGCGAACGGGGAAGUGGGAGCACGAGACGUUGUCCUUCGAGUCCUUCCCCCACACGGCGCUCCUCAAGACGUACACGACGGACAGCCAGGUGGCUGACAGCGCCGCCAGCGCCACAGCCUUUCUGUGCGGCGUCAAGGCAAACCUCGGCACGGUCGGCGUCAGCGUCGGCGUCAGCAAGGAGAACUGCAGCGCCCAGCACCAGCGUCAGCACCAGCUGCCCAGCAUACUCAGCUGGUUCCAGGACGCGGGGCGCAGCAGCGGGUUCGUAACCAACAUGCGGGUGACCCACGCCACACCCGCGGGGGCCUACGCCCACUCCGCCGACAGGGAGUGGGAGGACGACGCCGAGGUGGAGGAGGAUGGGCUUGACAGCGACACCUGUGAUGAUAUCGCAGAACAGCUUAUACUGGGACCUACUGGGAGCCGUCUUAAGGUGAUCAUGGGGGGCGGACGUCGCAGCCUGACCCCCCGCGAGACCCCCGACGUGGAGGAGGCGAACCGCAAAGGGCGCCGCCGCGACGGCCGCGACCUCGUCGCUCUCUGGCAGCGCCUUCGUCAGGAGCGCGGCCACAGCCACGCCUACGUCUGGCACCGGGACCACCUGUACACCCGGGACGUGGAGGACGCUGAGUACCUUAUGGGUGAGUGGGGGACCUGGAGUACCUACCUGGGGGACGUGGAGUACCUCAUGGACCGGAGGUCUUCUAAUAGACCACAGCCCACCCAACCCCUCCUUCUGCCGCCAGGGGGUCUAAUAGACCACGGUCAUCACGGCAACAAGGCCCACAAGGCCCUCAGCGAGACCCUGGAGCUGGACGCCGCCGUGUCUGCAGCCCUCGAGAUGGUCUGUCUGCAGGAGACCCUAGUGAUCGUCACAGCAGACCACGGCCACAGCAUGAGCCUCAACGGCUACCCCGGCAGACACACUGACGUCCUGGGGUUUGCAGACCUCAGCAAUGUAGACUACCUGCCCUACCACACGCUGCUGUACGGCAACGGCCCCGGGUACCGUAAUGCCCCCACCGGGACACGGGGCAGCCCCUCGGGGGAAAAUACCCAUGCAGCCUACUGGCGGGGUGUGGGGCAGGCUGAGCUGGUCAGCCAGCUGGCUGUGCAGCCAGUCGUCAGCCAGGCCAAGAACGUCAUCCUCUUCCUGGGGGAUGGCAUGAGCAUCCCCACGGUCUCCGCCGCCCGUAUCCUCAAGGGGCAGCGAACGGGGAAGUGGGAGCACGAGACGUUGUCCUUCGAGUCCUUCCCCCACACGGCGCUCCUCAAGACGUACACGACGGACAGCCAGGUGGCUGACAGCGCCGCCAGCGCCACAGCCUUCCUGUGCGGCGUCAAGGCAAACCUCGGCACGGUGGGCGUCAGCGUCGGCGUCAGCAAGGAGAACUGCAGCGCCCAGCACCAGC